AUGGGUCGAAUGAACAACGCCCGCCGCCAGCAGCAGAACGCCGAGGUCAUCAACAAGUCGACGCGGUCGCGGUUCAGCACCUGGAAGCCGCCAUCCAAGAAAAAAGAGGGCAAGGGCGGCAAGGGCCGCGGCCGCGGCGGCGGCAAGGGGCGCCGCGACGAGGCCAAGCCCGAGGCGCGCGUUAUUGGUGGACUCACCGUACGAGCUGCCAAGAAGAAGACUGACCCUAAGCCGCAGUCGGCCACGUCGGCGGCGCUCGAGCGGCAGCGGCGCCUGCUCAAGGGCGUGGACGUCAACGCGCUGGAAGCGGUCGACAUGUCGAAGGACCACGCGAAGUUGGUCGAGGAGUUGUUGCUGAGCUAUGGUGUGGUCGACGACGGCAGCGGCUCUCAACAGGCGUCCAAGGUGCCCGCGCCACCACCAAAACCGAAACCAUUACCGACGGGCGACGCCAUGCCGCCCAAACCCCCAGCACCACCGCCACCGAUCGAUGACGACGCCCCGCCGCCCGGGAAAGAGCAGGCGGCCAUCUGGACCCAUUUAACUAAAAGACUGUGCUUCAAAGAUUCGAGAGCGCGGCAAGCACUCCAACAUUCUAAAACCAACACAUUGUCAGCUGCAUUAGAUUGGUUGUGCGUCACGUGUGAUGAAGCCGAGCUCACGAAGUCCCUCAGAAGAAAUAAUAAAGCUGCAAGGGUCACCGUCGUCACCGGAAGUUCAGGUGGCGUCGAGCUCGCGGGGUCGAUCGACUGGCAGCUCGCGACGGCGGCGUGUGGCUUGGAAGCAUUGGGGUUCGACAGCAAGGACGCCAAGCAAGCGUUAUCGGAGGCCAAGGGCGACGAGCGGCGGGCCUUGAAUCUGUUGACUCAGAAGAGCUGCUCUUCACUAAGAGCGUCGGACGCCGUCGAGGCCGAGCUCGCCGCGCAGGAGCGGAGCGACGAAGUCGAGGCCCUCAAGGCCAUCUUCGGCGACGAUGCUAUUUCACUCGUUGAUGAUUGUGUGAAGAUCAGCCUCGACUCGCGCGAGUUCCUGGAGCUGCGGAAGCCGGCCGGCAGCGUGAAGUCGUCGCUCGAGUGUUUUGUGAGUGGUCAGGACGCCUACCCCGUGCGCGGGCCGCCCCGGUUGUUGUUUCGGAACGCAUUGCUGCCGCCCGGCGUCUUGCGGGACGUGCAUCUACAAUUAUGCAAGCACGUCUCCAGCAUCGAAGGGCCCGCUUUAUAUGAAGCGUGCGAGUGGCUCCGCGACGCGGUCCAUGAAUCGCACGCCCGUUUUUUAGGAGAAGGCGUGGCACCGGUCGUGGAUGAGGAGGAGGAGAAGGCCGCAUCCAUUUGUAAGGCCGAGGCCGAAAGACGCGAGGCCGACAAAGUACAAAAAGAGGCCGACGCGGCGGCACAAGCGAGGGCCGACAAGGCGUCGCGCGUCGCGUUCCUCAAGAGUUCUAAUUCCAAUGAGGACUUGGUGCAGGCGAGGCGCGAUGCUGAGAGAGCAAGGAGCGAGGCGUUGCGCGCGGAAGGCGUCGUUGAAGAUGAAGACGAGACGGACGAGGAUAUUGUUAUGCCGAGCCAGCUCGGCGCGGAGUUCGAUGAACGAGCAUCAUGUCUAGCGGCGAAGCUACAAGCGCCCGAGGAUGCUUGUAGAGCGCUGCUGAAGCAGGCUUCAGUAUCGAAGGAAUGCAAGCGGCUCUUCCAGGCCAAUGAUACGGAACGGGCCUGGCAGCAAGCGAUCCAGGAGGCCGAGCGCCUCCACGGCGUGCGCCGCAUCGGCGAGAAGCGCGGUUUGUCGGUGAACAACAUGCCCGAGAACUUCGCGCCGUCGCCGAUGCUCCUGGAUAUCAUGGCGCAGAUCGAUGAACAAGUACAACAACAUCCUUAUUUGGAGGCGAACAACGACCCUCCACCGGAAGUGGUCGAGGAGGAGCCGGAGGAUCCCGCGGUCACGAAGCAAGCUCUGGAAGAAUCCAAGAAGCUGAAGAAGGAGUUAGAUACCAAGAGAAGCAAGGACGAGACGUAUAAGCGGUUAUUGGCUCAAAGGAAGCAGCUACCGGCCUACCAGCGCGGUUCAAGUGUCGUCAAGGCUAUAAGGGAGCGAAGAGUCGUGGUCGUGAGCGCCGACACCGGUGCGGGCAAGACCACGCAAGUGCCCCAAUUGGUGCUAGAUGACUGCAUCGAUCGAGGAGAAGGCGCGCGGUGUUCCUUGGUCGUGACGCAACCUCGAAGAAUCAGUGCCGUGGGCGUCGCGCAGCGCGUCGCCGAAGAACGAGCAGAAAAAAUAGGGAAGACCGUCGGGUAUAGUAUAAGGGGCGAGGCCAAACGAAGUACGGAUACGAGGAUACUGUUGUGUACGACGGGCGUGUUACUGCGACGGCUACAGUGCGACGGGGAACUCAAGACGUUAUCGCACGUUUUUGUGGACGAGGUUCAUGAACGCGACGUCGCUACCGAUUUCCUACUUAUUGUGCUGCGACGGUUACUUACCAAAAGACCGAAGCUCAAACUCAUCCUCAUGAGCGCUACUUUAAAUGCGCAAGUGUUUGCCGACUAUUUCCGCCAGUUCGACCCGUACCUGGCCGAAAUUCCGGGCCGGGCCCACCCCGUCCAGGCCUUCUACCUCGAAGAUGCGUUAGCGUUGACGGGGCUGCGCGUGGACGCGAGGGACGAGUGCGCCGUCGGGAGUUUUCGCUCGAAGCAGGCGAGUCGUGGUUCGCAGCCGAAGAGCGCCCUCGUCGGGUUGACGAAGCGCGACUGGGCCGCGAAGCUCAAGGACUACCCCGACGACGUCCACUCUUCUUUAUCUGCGUUGGAUCCGGCCUGCGUGAAUUACGCAUUGAUCGUGCGCGUCGUCGAAGCCAUCUUUGUGCGGGGUAGUGAUCCGUGGACGAAGCAUUGCUUCGAAUCGGUUAAAGAUGAUAAGGAUGGGGCCAUCCUCAUUUUCGUGACUGGUUUAGCCGAGAUCACGGCGACCGUCGAGAAGCUGCGCUCGUCGGAAGUGCUCGAGGGCCGGGCGACGAUCCACGCCCUGCACUCCCAGCUGUCGACGAGCGACCAGCAGGCCAUCUUUCGGCGGGCGCCUAAAGGUACUCGUAAGAUCGUCGUCUCGACGAACAUUGCUGAAACGAGUAUCACGAUCGACGACGUCGUCUACGUCGUCGACGCGGCGCGCGUGAAAGAAAAUAGGUACGACGCGGACCGGGGGUUAGCGACGUUGGAGGAAGUGUUCGUGUCGCGGGCGGCGGCGCGGCAGCGGCGGGGCCGCGCCGGCCGCGUGCGACCGGGCGUCGCCUUUCAUUUGGUGACGAGAUUGGCCCACGACGGCGAGUUCGACGCGUAUCCUCAGCCCGAGAUCCUGCGGACGUCGCUGGAAGAUCUCGUGCUCCAGAUCCUGGUGCUCGAUUUAGGGGAUCCCAAAAAGUUCCUGCGAGGUGCCGUAAGUCCGCCGACGGCGCAGGCCGUCGACCGGGCUCUGGAAUUGCUGGCGCAGAUCGACGCGCUGGAGCCCAUGGACAGUGACGGCUCUCCUAAGGUCGCGGCGCUGACCGCUCUAGGAUUUCAUCUGGCAGCUUUACCGGUCGAGCCGCGCGUCGGCAAGCUCUUGUUGGUGGGUGCGAUGCUCGGCGCGACAGGAGCGGCCCUAACACUAGCCGCGGUCAUGACCUCGCCGCGAAGCAUCUUCGUCGCUCCAUUUGAUAUGCGCGACCAGGCGGACGAGGCGAGGCGGCAUCUAGCUGUUGCGUACUCCGACCACCUGACGGGCGUCGCGGCUUUUGAUGAAUGGCGCCAGCAGAAGAAGUCGCGGAACGAGUUCCGCUGGGCGCGGGCGAACUUCUGCGGCGGCCAGACGCUCAAGGCGAUCGACCAGUCGCGCGACCAGUUCGCGCGGCACCUGCAGUCCAUCGGGUUCAUCGGGAAAGGUAAUAAAGCAUUGCGGGAGGCGUUGAAUGGUACUGCGGACUUAUUGCCUGAUUCCCAAUCUGGGAGUAAGUCCGCUUCGGACGCGGCGGACGCGUCGGCGCGGUCCGCGGCGUUACUCAAAGCGUUACUGUGCGCGGGGCUCUACCCGAACGUGUUGGUGGCGCCGCGCGACGUGCGCUUGUUGGGGGAGAAGGCGCCCGAGGUCUCGGUCCGCGGCCGCGUCCUUUCCUUACGAGUGUCACGGCGUGGGGUCGGGCGCCGCCCGCGAUUCACCCCUCAUCACUGCUUCCUCGCAGGCGGAGCCGUCCUUCACGCCCUCGUCCAAGAGCAAGACCGCGGGCGAGUGCGCGUUCACGCGGUGCGACCCGGACGUCGAGCGGUGCAUCAAGGAGCGCCAGGAGAGCGGGAGGAGGCCUAGGUUCGACGACGGGCCCGAGGACGCGGCGUACUUGCAUCCCUGUUGUUUAUGCUUUGAUGCUACUGCACUAGAUCACCGCUAUGUUGUAUACAGGGAGAUCGUGCGGACGGCCAAGGUUUAUGUGCGGGACGCGACGACGGUGGCGCCGCUGGCUUUGAUCCUGUUUGGGGGGCGGCUCACGGUGCACCACGAGCGGGGCAUCAUUUCUGUGGACGAGAAGGUCCACUUCCGCGCGCCGCCCAAGGUCGCGACGCUGGCGUCGAUUUUACGAAGCGAGCUCGAGGCCUUGUUGCUACGGAAGAUCGUGACGCCGGACGCGCAAGUCGACCAGAGGGAGCGGGCGUUCGUCGACGCGUCGCGCGCGGUCCUCGGCGCCGAGGCUCUCGGGGACGCCCAGAAGCGGAGCACGAACAAAGGCGCCGCCUUCCAGCCGAAGUCGCGGCCCAAGCCGAAGAAGAAGGAGCGGCCGCCGGUCGUUGUUUCCACGGGCCAGGACCACGACGAGUCGGCGACGCACGGCGACGCCCAGGCCUACCAGAAGCCGGCGGGCUUUAAGGUGCUCCGGGGCGACGCGGCGGCGUACCAGCCGACGAGCAACGGCGGCGGCGCGCGCGUGCCGCGGUCUCGCGGGCGUGGUGGGCGAGGGCGUGGGCGCGGGCGGUCGCGCGUCCAGCACUAGCUUUCUUUCUUUCUUUGUGUAACUAUUGUGGUUUUGAUGUCUUAAUGUUUUUUAGGAACGCAAGUCCUUACGCAAGUCCUACGCAAGUCCUUACGCGGCAGGAGGAAUUUCCUUGCGAUAGCCCUCCAGCUUUCUCUGAGCACGCAACACGUCGGGGUGAGCCGGACCCAAAACGCGCCGCAUGACUACGACAGUGUCCUCGAGCAUCUGAAGCGCCUGGCGCUUUUCAUUGCCGGAGGAGUCUCCGUCCAGUGUCGCGCGAGAGAGAUCCUCGCGCAGAGACAACGAGAGCGCGUGUUCAGCACCGAGAACACGUCGCGCUACGGACGCCACUUUGCGUAGUACUCUCUUCGCUUCUUCGAAGCGCCGUAGAGUACUAAGAAGCAUCGCGUAGUUGUUGGCCGCUCGGAGGGUCAUUUCAUGUUCCUCGCCGUUAAGCUUCAAACGCCCAGAGUAUACGUCUCGCUGCGUGCGUAGGCAGUCGUCAAGUCUCCCAAGUGAUCUGUAGGAGCCCGCAAGGUUGUUCUGCACGACGAGUAUAGAGCCUGCGAACAAGGAUCAGCUUGUGAAAAUUUUGACUUACCACGUCGUGCCCGGCACGGCGCUCUCGACCGACCUCACGGAAGGCGUCCUUCCUACGGUCCAAGGCGAAACGGUCGAGGUGACGCUCGACCCGAUCGCGAUCAACGGGGCCGGCGUGGCUAUCCCCGACAUCCUCGCAAGCAACGGCGUUGUACAUGUGAUUGAUGCCGUGCUGACCCCGCCGGAGGGCCUCUAGAUCUUCAGACGACGAACGACCUACUCCCUUUUCCACUACCCCGCGCGUCCUUACCGUGUAACUCUGGUGUUAUGCAACUAGCUGGACGAGUUGGACGGACGCAACUUGGCGGCGGGCAGGUCAACAGAGGAGUACUAGAAAUCUUUUUACGUGAGGGAAUGGGGCACAGGAACUAUAAUUCAUCAUCUCCGAAGUCGUAGUCCUCCUCCUCCUCGCCGCCGCCGGGGCCGCCCGCGCCCUGGUACACGUUCCGCAUGAUGGGAUUGGCGAUCGCCUCGACCUCCUUCUGCUUGGAGGUGUACUCAUCCUUGUCGGCCUCCGGGUUUUCGUCGAGCCAGUCUAGCGCCUCGUUAAUCGUAUUUUCGAUCUCCUCCUUGUCAUCAGCAGACAGCUUGUCGGCCACGCCCUUCUCGUCGUCGUCGAGCGUGUUCUUCAUGUUGUAC